AUGAACCACUCCAGCAACAACACCCAGGCGGUAAAGCUUACGGGCGAGGAGAUCGCAAAGCACAACAGCCGGGACUCGUGCUGGGUCAUCGUCCACGGUCGCGCCUACGAUGUCACCGAGUUCUUGCCAGAGCACCCUGGAGGUCCCAAGAUCAUCUUGAAGUACGCCGGCAAGGAUGCAACCGAGGAGUACGAGCCCAUCCACCCGCCCGACACACUCGAGAAGUACCUGCCAAAGGACAAGCACCUUGGUGAGGUGGACAUGGGAACAGUAGCGAAGGAAGAGAAGGAAUUCGACCCUGAUGAGGAGGAGAGGCAGAAGCGCAUCGAGCGCAUGCCCAUCUUGGAGCAAUGCUACAACCUGAUGGAUUUCGAGGCUGUUGCACGAAAGGUCAUGAAGAAGACAGCUUGGGCCUACUACUCCAGUGCCGCGGACGACGAGAUUACUCUGCGUGAGAACCACAGCGCUUUCCAUAAAAUCUGGUUCCGCCCACGAGUCCUUGUAGACGUGGAGCACGUCGACAUGUCCACCUCCAUGCUCGGCACCAAGGUCGAUAUCCCCUUCUACGUUACCGCUACUGCGCUCGGCAAACUCGGACACUCAGAAGGCGAGGUCAUCUUGACCCGCGGCGCGAAGAAGCACAACGUUAUUCAGAUGGUCCCAACAUUGGCGUCGUGCUCUUUCGACGAGAUCAUGGAUGCAGCGGACGACCAGGUCCAGUGGUUGCAGCUCUACGUAAACAAGGACCGUGAAGUUACCAAGCGAAUCGUACAACAUGCCGAAAAGCGAGGUUGCAAGGGCCUGUUUAUUACAGUCGAUGCACCGCAACUCGGUCGCCGCGAGAAAGACAUGCGAUCGAAGUUCAGCGAUGUGGGUUCUAGCGUCCAGAGCACCUCCGGGUCAGCUGUAGACCGAAGCCAGGGUGCCGCACGAGCCAUCUCGUCCUUUAUUGACCCGAGCCUGAGCUGGAAGGAUAUCGCUUGGUUCCAGAGCAUUACUAAGAUGCCCAUUCUUCUGAAGGGUGUUCAGUGCGUUGAGGAUGUCAUUCGCGCCGUCGAGGUUGGCGUGCAGGGUGUGGUUCUCUCCAACCACGGAGGUCGCCAGCUCGACACUGCGCGCUCCGGUAUCGAGGUUCUUGCCGAAGUUAUGCCAGUCCUGCGUGCACGUGGCUGGCAAAACCGCCUCGAAGUUUAUAUUGACGGUGGUGUACGACGUGCGACCGACAUCAUUAAGGCUAUGUGCCUCGGUGCCACCGGUGUUGGUAUCGGUCGCCCAUUCCUGUACGCCAUGUCCGCCUACGGCCUGCCCGGUGUCGACCAUGCUAUGCAGCUGCUAAAGGAUGAGAUGGAGAUGAACAUGAGAUUGAUUGGUGCCUCGAAGAUUUCGGACCUGAACCCCUCAAUGGUUGAUACAAGAGCGCUUAGUUCGCAUAUUGCGCCGGUGCCAGUUGAUACACUCGGCCUUAACGUCUACGACUCGCUCAUCGGGCCCCAGGAGAAGGCCAAGGCUAAGUUGUAG